AUGAACCCGCCAUCAUCCGGCGGCGGAGAUGGCUCCGGCCAAGGCAAUCGGUCCAACUCCAUCAACUCCAUGGCCUUCUGUCAUGAAUGCGGCAUCGAGAUCCGCCCACUCAUGACUCCCGACCCAACAUGUCCACGCUGCAACGGUCAAUUCGUCGAGAUCAUCGACGAGAACUCUGCACAAGACUUUGAAGAGGAAGCAAAUCAUCCCUUUGCAGCUCUUGGCGGCGGUCCCUUCCCCGGCUUUUCAUUCCACACAGCGCCGCUACCUGGGGUGAGAGGCGGGACUGCAUCACUACCGUUGUCCUCCGUUCAAGGUGGAGGAUCGCCGCUUGCAGGAGGACUGGGUGAAUUGUUGAUAGCUAUGGCUUCAGGUGCUGGUCGAGGUGCAGAUCAGAAUACGCAUACAUCUACUUCUCCCAACUCAGAUUCAAACCGCAAUGCACCAAAUAAUGGCGGAAAUGAACGCAGAAGCAGCGAAAGCCAAUCUAACACAACUCGCUCAGGAUCAACUUCGUUUGGUCCCUUCGGUCUGCAGUGGAACGUACAAUACGACUCUGGUGGAGGAGAUCCAUACCAACGAGCAGCACAGCACCAAGCAGAACAGAAUCAACGGUAUCAACAACCUCCCACACUCUCCAACUUCCUUCGUUUCGCCUUUGGAUCUGGAACCACCGAUGACGAGCAACCUUCCCGCAAUAGGCAGCGUCAUGACGACGAGUACUUCCACGACGAUGGCAUGGGUGGUGCAGGCGGCGUUGCUGACGGUCGACACUUUAACCACGAUAACAGGGGAAGGUAUCAUCAACCACAACAAUCUCCCGAGAACGAAAGCAAUCAUCGAUCCGGCACUGGUGGGGGUAAUUCUGAUCUCCCUCCCGAGCUCUCUGCCUUGCGCAACCUAUUCACCGGCCUAUUCGGCGAUCCAGGUGCCCAAGGUACGGGUGGCGGUGGGUCGUUGCUUGACUUCCUCGCUGCUGGUGCACAGGUAGGUGGGGGUGGAGGUGGACCAAGAGGGCAGUGGGGAGACUAUGUGUUGGGUCAACAAGGGUUGGAUGAUAUCAUUAGUCAAUUGAUGGAGCAGGCGCAGGGAUCCAAUGCUCCACCGCCUGCAACUGAGGAUGUGAUUGAGAGGUUGGAAAGGUUUACGAACAAGGAUAAGGAGAGGAUCGAAAAGGCUAAGAAUCAAGAUUGUCCUACGUGUAAGGAUGAUUUUCUGCCCACGUCGGCCGAUGAGCAGCAGGAGGAGAGCAAGGAUGGGAAGGAGAAGGAAGCCGAGGCAGGGAAGGAAGAACAACAAGAGGAUCUGAUCUCGAUGCCAUGCGGACACAUUUUCCAUGUGGAUUGCUUGGUUCCUUGGUUGAGGCUGCAUGGCACGUGUCCUGUUUGUCGUGUUAGUAUUGCUAAACCUCAAGAGAAGCAAACCGCCGGCACAACUAACAACAGUGGUACUGCGAAUACAAACACAUCAGGUUCCCCAGCACAAACCUCUAACACGCCUAGCAACCCAACCGCAGACCCAGCAGACUCAGUACCCGGCAGUUGGCCCGGUCCACCAAACCCUUUCACCUCGUUCUUCAAUCAACUUUCAGGUCAAAACACUCCUCGACCUGAAGAAACCAUCCGGGUUACCCACGAGCCUCCCAAUACCACUACGACGACGUACCACCCGCAACCACCGGCAAGUACAACCAUCACUUCCACGUCUUACUCCACUCCGGCUCCGGCUCCGGCUCCCAGCGCAGGAGGGAGGAGUGGGACGGGUCUAGUAGAUGUGGAGGUGGUGAAUAGCAUCGUUAGCUCUCCGCCGAUUGUUUCGGAUCGGGAAGAGUUUUUUGGUUCUCCAAGGGGAGAGGAGGGGCCAGAACAUUCGAGAGGAAGAGAUGAGGAAGGGAGGGAGAAUAUGAGGGAGAUGCUGAGAAGGGCGGCUGAGGCCAGGAUACAGAGUGGUGGUGGGAGUGGGCAUGGGGAGGAAGGAACGAGAUCUGGUCAAGGACCGAGUUUGGAGCCGGACGAACUUGACUAG